AUGACUGUAAACAGUGGGGCAGGUAGCCUGGCUCUGUCUCAAGACGCACCUGUCAUCAACCGCUACUGGGUGCCAGGGGCUGCUAAAGUCAUGCCGGCUGGGUUUCAGCAACUUGGAGGGGAGACGGUGACUGGGACUUUUGUUCUCUCAGUCUUCACCGCCGUCCUGGGAUCUCUGACGUUUGGAUACAAUAUUGGAGUCAUCAAUGCACCGCAGAAGAUGAUUGAGCAGGACUACAAUUCAACAUGGAUGCACCGGUAUGGAGAGCACAUCCCCGCAGGGACCCUCACCUCCCUUUGGUCCCUGUCUGUGGCCAUCUUCUCCAUCGGUGGCAUGCUGUCCUCCUUCUGCGUGGGCUUCGUCUCUGAGUGGCUGGGCAGGAGGAAAGCCAUGCUCAUAAACAACUUGUUUGCCUUCAUUGGUGGGGGUAUGAUGGGCUUGUCCAAGCUGUGCCACUCCUUCGAGCUGAUGAUCAUGGGACGCUUUAUCAUUGGGGCCUACUGUGGGUUAGCAUCAGGUUUGACACCGAUGUACGUGGGUGAGAUAGCUCCUACAAGUCUGCGUGGGGCUCUGGGCACAUUGCAUCAACUGGCUAUAGUCACUGGCAUUCUCAUAGCACAGGUCCUGGGUCUGGAGGUCUUACUGGGCGGUGAGGACUUGUGGCCGGUUCUGAUGGGUAUAACCAUCCUGCCGACUGUCCUUCAGAUGGGUCUUCUGCCUUUCUGCCCUGAGAGUCCACGCUUCCUCUACAUUGUCCGCUGCCAGGAGGUCCUCGCCAAGAGAGGCCUGAGGAGGUUAACAGGCAAACAUGAGGUGAGUGACAUGCUGGCAGAGAUGAAGGAAGAGAAGAGGAAGAUGGAAAUGGAAAGGAAGGUGUCCAUCCUGGAGCUCUUUCGCUCUCCGCUCUACCGACAGCCCAUCAUCAUCUCCAUCCUCCUGCAGCUCUCGCAGCAGCUCUCUGGGAUCAAUGCAAUUUUCUACUAUUCCACCAGUAUCUUCAUGAAGGCCGGAGUCCAGAGUCCGGUCUAUGCCACCAUAGGUGCAGGGGUGGUGAACUGUGCCUUCACUGUGGUCUCUCUCUUCCUGAUUGAGAGGAUGGGUAGACGGACACUCCACAUGCUAGGACUAGCUGGGAUGUGCAUUUGUGCUGUUAUAAUGACUACAGCUCUUGCUUUGUUGGAAAGUGUUCCUUGGAUGAGCUACAUCAGCAUGCUGUCCAUCUUUGGCUUUGUGGCCUUCUUUGAGAUUGGUCCAGGACCCAUUCCCUGGUUCUUCGUGGCCGAGCUGUUCUCUCAGGGUCCAAGGCCGGCUGCUAUGGCUGUGGCCGGCUUUUCAAACUGGACUGCCAACUUUAUCAUCGGCAUGGGCUUCCAAUAUAUCGCUGAUCUUUGUGGGCCAUACGUCUUCCUUAUCUUCGCUGCGCUCCUUCUCUUUUUCCUCAUCUUCACAUUCUUCCGGGUGCCGGAGACCCGGGGCAAGACCUUUGACCAGAUUGCAGCAAACUUCCACCAUCACUCUGCAGGAGGAAUGAUGGACAUGGACCUGGAUAUGGAUCUGGACAAGCCUAGCACAGAGCUGGACUACUUGGGUGACGACAGCAAUAACUGAAGAUUUCUUGAAAGGAGAGGAUUGGGACUGAGAACAGCUUGGGAUGAACUGACUCUAAACUUUUAAUUUCUGACACAAAUAUUGUUCUCUUCAUAUAGAUUGUGGUGCCAAAGCAGAGUUAAACAUGUGACAACUUGGGUUUUUUGGAAAAUUCCAUUUCUGGUACCACAGCCAUAUGAGAUUAACUAUUAUGUAUACUGCCUUGGAAAAGGCUUAAAACCUAUGAAUUACAAGUUGACUACUGUUUGAAGGAAUACGAUGCACGAAAGAACUUUAUAUCUGGACUGUUGGGGCAUUGACUGCCAGUAUGGUAGGAUUUUAUUCCAUGGUGAUGCAUUUAGUUGCAAUAUUGACAGAAAAAGGGAAGGGGAGAGACUUGGAAUUCCUGCACUUUAUCUACAAAGACAUCCAAAGUUUUUAGGGUUAAAGCACAAAGUUAUACAGUCUAUUUGUUAAGUAUUGUUGCCUAUGUUGUACUUAAGCUGGGAGCACUCGGGAUGUGUAAAUCUAACAGAGUUUAUUACCAUCAAGCAAGAACGAGAUGGGUCAAAGUGAUUUAAAGGAGAUGUAAAUCAUACAACCCCUUCACAUCA